CUGCUAUCUCGUCAAUACUGGAAAUGCAUUUUGGAACAUCAUCUCACGCUGUAUGUGCAGGCUUAUGAUGACUCUUUCACCUCUGUUGCAUCUUUAGAUUAUUCCCAGCCCGCGCGUGGCUGGAAAGCCACCAUGACAUACUCUCCAGCAGGGCUAACUACCACAUAUCAACCUCCAUCGUAUUCAUCUGCAAUCCAGGAAGUCCCGACAAGAGCUAGCACUAAAGAUGUUGAAGACGCACCCGACAGCGCUGCGACCAAAGAAAACAGUCCCCUCUCGGCUACGCUGAAGACCAAAGUCGGCCAAAACCGCAAGCGACUGGUUUUCCAAGAUCCCGUGGCUUUCCGGUACCUGGAAGAGGAUCCAGCUACAGAUGUCAUCGGAAGAUGGAAAACUCUCCAAGGGUAUGAAAUGUAUCUGGUAGAACAGUGGGCCUGUUCAAGGACGCAUCCCACCUUUCUCAUCUGUACAUAUACCGGUGAUCCAUCUCACACGAUCCUGGUCAAUGUCUUGUCGGCUCCAAGUGACGAAAGUUCAUGGUCUCCAAGACUGCAGAUAUACUUCCAGGCAGUAUCUCAAUUCCAUGCCAAGGAGAAGGAUACGCCUUUGGGCACACUGAUGGUCACGAACCUGAGCAAUUUCCCAUCCACCCUGACCGUCAUUGCAAUACCAGACGGAAAUGUAAGGAAACAUCGUGAAGAUUUCAUCGUCAAUGAGAACUUGAAGCGGAUGGGCUGUUCGGGCAGAGCUGCGAUCAAUGUGCAGCCACCGCAACCUAGUACGAUAGCAAAGUACCAUCAUCUGUAUCGAACGAGCGAAGCGGUGCCAUUAUAUCAAUCGGUUAUGGAGUUGGUACGGAUUUGCCAAACAGCAUUGGUCAUGUACGACAAGCUACAACCGACAUAUGCUGAUGGCCUUCUGUGUGAUGUUACAGAAAAGGCUAUCAGUGAUUGGUGGACUGACAUUGGGACAUAUUUCUACAAUGUCGAACCGAGCGACGGUGUGCUAGGUCCCACCACUGUAGCCGCUUUGCUCGGCUUGCUGCUUGGAGCCUACAACCGACUCAAAGUCUUUGGGUCUCCUGUGGGUAAAGAGGUCUUGGAUACAGUCUCCAUGAAGAGAGCGAUCGGACAUUUCCAAAAGGGACAAAAAGUGGAGAGGACCCGACGACUUGAUCGUGAGACUCUUGACCGUUUGCAUCGUGCCACAGCCAAAAGUGCAGCGGGAGAAGGGUGGAACGCGGCCAAAGCGGUAAAGUCCACCGUGGCAGAAUUGUCGGGCAAGGGAGGUGAAAUGGUGAUGGGAAUUGUGGGGUCUCGCGACAAGGUUGGGAUCUCGGACGCGGAAACUAUGGACAUCGAGAUAUUUUCUCAGGUUGUGACGGGCCCAAGGAUGAAAUGGUUGUGGCAAGGCAAGCCAGUCAAGUCAGCCGACAUGUUUAGCAAACCUACCGACGAUCUAAAUGGGAGGAUCUUCAGCACCGACGACCAAGGUAACUUUCUUUGGACAUCAAAUCAUCACGACUCGCUCGAUGGGGGUGUUCUCGAGCGCACUGACACAAGCCUCACCACCCAAACUCAAGAGAUAAAGUCGAGUCGCAACCGGAUUCGAGGUGCUGUGCCCGGUCUGAAACCACAUGUGCACCGCACGACCACCAAUGAAGCCCAUGCUGAGUGGGUUGAAAGCGCAACAGCGGCGGAACAAAUGGCUCUGCGGGAUCCAUAUUUUCACAACCGAGACCACUCUCUGCGGCCACCGUUGAUCUCGCAGCCAUCAGGACCCACGGCUCUCGACAUGGCGCUACUCGAAGCGGAGGCAAAAUCACCUAAAAAGACUCGCGAACAACUCCGACGAACGACCACCGACUAUGAGAAACGUCUUCCCGGCCAUCGCGAACAGCUCCGACCUGCUCUUCAAGGAGACUCGCCUCGACGGCGAAAGGUCAACAGCGAACUAGCAGACAUACGCAAUGAGUUCAAGGCCGACAUUUACCGAAACUUCUCAGCGGAUCUUCCUUACAAAGGGUUUACCAGUAAAGCACUCCGACGAUCUGCCAGUGCAGUACAUAUACAAAUGCGGCAAGGGCCCAAUCCUCGAACAGAACGAAUCAAUCGCCAAUUGUCAUUCAGUCUAGUUGAGAAUGCGGUGUCUGAUUUUGGCGAGAAGGUGUUGGACGAUAGAGUGCCAGCAGGGCCAAUUGAAGGGGAUUUGACCAAUGCGCUGGCCGAACGGGAUGCGGUGGUUGCAGGAGCAAUCAGAAAAGCCAAUCGCAUUCAAAGGAUUCAGCAAGGCCUGAUCCCCUACACGGAAGAUCGUGUGGCACACGUGGAACACCUAGACCACCUUGCGCAUGAACAUUUGAAUCAACUGAACGAGAUGUACUACCAGAGGCUGGAUGACUACCAGGCCCAUCAAGCUACGUCUUCAGAUGUGGUCUCACACGAGAAAUCCGGCUUGACUGAGAGUUUCCGCAGAGUUGAAAUGCUUGGGGCUAAACUGGAUUACGAGCUUGAUGCUUUGCAGUCUCGCAUGCAGGAGGCUGAGGAUGGCGUGAAUGAUUUCGAAAGGAAUGUCGUGGCGAUCGAAGCCAAGAUCAAGAAACUCAUUGGCGAUGAAAAGCCUUCUUCAGAGCCGUGGUAUCAACGACUGCUCAGUUCAUUGGCAACUCGAAAGGAGACCGCGACGUACGAUGACAGUGAGCAAGUUAUAACGGAUGGAUGAUGAGGUGUUGGAAUUGAGCAUGGCGCUUGGAGUGAAUUGUCUGUGUUGAUUGUAUCUGUGCCGACACAUCUAUGUACCUCAACCGCAAGCAUCUUGUAUGAUGUUGGGAAAUCAAACGAAGCGGCAUUGUGGUCCUUGGUGACGAGUGUUUGUAAAAUAAUAUACACAUGGUUUUCCCAACGUCGAAAACCGG